AACGGCCGCAUAGGUGACGACUGUGGCGGAGAAGGCCUGGAGGGGCUCUGCGUUCUCUAGUGGCGCUGCUGGGACUGGUGGCAGGCUGCGGGCUGGCGUUGUCGCGGCUGAGGAGCACGGCGAGGGCCUUCGGCUUUUCCCACCGGGAUCACCGCAACUAUGAGUGCUGCGAGGGAGUCUCACCCGCACGGGGUGAAGCGUUCAGCCUCCCCAGACGACGAUCUUGGAUCUAGCAAUUGGGAGACAGCAGACUUAGGUAAUGAAGAGAGAAAACAGAAGUUCUUGAGACUUAUGGGUGCCGGAAAGAAAGAACAUACUGGUCGUCUGGUCAUAGGAGAUCACAAAUCAACAUCUCACUUCCGAACAGGGGAAGAAGACAAGAAAAUUAAUGAAGAACUGGAGUCUCAGUAUCAGCAAAGUAUGGACAGUAAAUUAUCAGGAAGAUAUCGACGACAUUGUGGACUUGGCUUCAGUGAGGUAGAAGAUCAAGAUGGAGAUGGCGAUGUGGCUGGAGAGGAUGAUGAUGAUGAUGAUGAUUCACCUGACCCUGAAAGUCCUGAUGACUCGGAAAGUGAUUCCGAAUCAGACAAAGAAGAAUCUGCUGAAGAACUCCAAGCAGCUGAGCACCCUGACGAAGUGGAAGAUCCCAAAAACAAAAAGGAUGCAAAGAGCAAUUACAAAAUGAUGUUUGUUAAAUCCAGUGGGUCAUAACUCCAAACAUUUAGUCUUUGUAUUAAAAGUAAGCCUUAUUGUUAUAAUGCACAGUGGAGGACUGCUUCUAGAGCACAGACCUUUGUAUUAUAAUUUUUAAAAAGGCCCUUUUAAAUAAUUGCAGAGUGUUUGCUUUCAAAUGUCAUGGGUUACACUUUUAUGGGCAUGACUAUAACCAUUUUUGUAAAGAGUAAGAGUUGUAUAAAAUAAGAAAUAAAUACAGUACUCAACUUCCUUUCAUAUUGGCAUCAUCAGUGCUCUUAUCUCCCCUUUAAAUGCAGUAACAGGGAGAUGCUUUUUGUUUGUAGUAGCCGUUUCGUUGUUUUGGGGCUUUUGUUUGAUUUUGGUUUGGUUUGGUCCUUCAUAUUUUUCCUCACAAAAAAUUUAUACUGUGAUGUAUUUGUGAAAAAAUAAUCUUUAAUUUGCUAUGGUAGAAAUAUUCAUCAUGGAUAUUUCUGCUGCCAAUCAAAUUAAGUUAAUGUUGAUAGCAGAUUAAGUAAUUAAUUUACUCUUACUGACUCAACUCUCCUCUGUUGGACCAAAGCAACAUGAGAACAAGUACUUUUCAUACUUGUCAGGAUGGAAUGUUAAGAUCCCAGGCAGUGUUUAUAUAAUUUGGAUUGCAUUGUAUGUUAGGUUUUUGAUAAAGUCGGGUCAACUUUUACAGCAGAAAUGAUUUCUCAUUUAUUGCUCUACUUAGAAAUAUGUAAAACUGGAUUUUUUUCUUUUCCUCCUCCUUUUUUUUUUAGAUGUGACCAAAGUUAUUUUCUCCUUAAGGUCGAAAUAAAGAGAAAGCAGUUUCCCAUAUUUGGUUGUGAUACCUUUAUCCUCAUUAUCUAAAAAUGAGGGGCAGGCUUACUGAACAAGAAACUAAAGCAAAUUCUGUUCGUUUUAUCUCAAAGCUGUUAUUUUGAUUCAAUUACUGAAACUUUCCAGUUUUAUUGCUGCCUUUGUUAGUAUAAGAUUGGAAUCACUGGACUGCUAUUAGGUGGUUAAUUUGCUCUGCAGAUUAACACAUACUCCAUUAAGGGCUACUCAGUGGAUCUUUGAAUAACUGGGUCCAAAAUCUUAAUAUUUCCAAGAAGUUAAAAGGUGUGAGUCAGACCUGUUAGUGAGCUGAACUAUUAUACAUCCAGAUACGUGCUAUGUGUUUGAUGUGCUGAACUUAAAAAGCAAUUAUUCCUAUGUCAUUUUGAAAUUAGGAUGUUAGAGGAGUACGCCAACUAGAAAUGAUUUCUGGUUUAUAGAUUCUUAGAAUUGAAGUUUGGAAUUUCUAAAAACUGCUCACAUUGUUUAAAAUAGGUGCUAUCCUUAUGUAGAUUUAUUAGUUUGGGCAGUAGACAGUAUUGUGACAUAUAACAAAUACUUGGUUUGAAAAGAUUUCACUUAACAGUUUUAGUUUGACCACUGGUUUUCAAAACUCCAUACUGUGGGAUUUCUUGUUCUAACCACUUUGAAGUAGAAGGUAAAGAGUGAUUUCUAUUUAAAAAUGAAAGUGAGGACCAGUAUUAUGUUUUAAAAAGUAUUUUCAUCACUUUGUUGUUUAAGUAUGCAGGGUUGUUUUAUAAGUUUUUGUUCUAAUGUACAAAUUGAAGCACCCUCUUCUGAAGUAACUACUGGAGGCCUUUCUUCAUCUCCAAAUAGAGAAACUUUGGCUUCAGUUCGUGAUUCAUGUAUUACUGGGUAUUAACAAGAUUAAGAAUUGGAAUAAAUUUAGAUCUAUUGGUCCA